CGCUGUGAAUACUUUCCAGAUGCACUGUAACAGACCUGAUCGUAAGACCAGUUGAAAAAUAGCUAGAAUUUACCUUUCGCAUAUUUGGACCUUAAUGGGGUAUUAAGUAGCGAUACAAAAUGAAAUACAAGAUACAAUAGGCUGUGUAUCAGCUGAUCAAAGUUUAAGACCAUCGCUUUAAAAAAUGACAAAAAACUCUUCAAACCAAAACAAAGUAAUGAGUAGCUCCACCAUUCUUGUUGAUCGCCUCAAACGUUUGUUUGGGCAUGUUGGUGGAGUGUUUCCAGGAGCCUGGUGGGAACAUUGCUCCAAGUGUGAGGAUGGCGUCACUAUCUGGAACUGAUGCCAACCAUCCCCAAAUGUUCUCUAUGGGAUGUCAAUCAGGAGAACAUGGUCCAAAAGAGUGAUGUUAUUCUCCCUGAAAAAGACCUUGGUCAAGCCGGCAUUGGGAACUGCAGCGUUGUCCUGGUGAAGAACCCAGCUGUUACCACACAGACCAGGACCUUCGGUCAUGGGGGAUACCCGCUGCAACAUCUGCAUGUAAUUGGUUGCCAUCUGACAACCCCGCACCACCCGAAGCUCCAAUGUUCCACUGAAUGAAAAAGCACCCCGGGUCAUGAUCCGCUAUGCCGGGUAGAAAACAUCUCAGGUGGGAUCUAAACUGGCAGUUUUGUGGCGUUGAAGGAGAGAAAAGGAGGUCUUUGGAUUUGUUAUUUGUUUUUUUGAAAGCCUUUUCCCACAGACGGUUAUUGUACUGCAGGACCGCCGUGUGUAUUGACUGACAGCCAAUUGGAUGCUCUGCCUCAGUGCAGGUGGCAUUUUUUGGGGUCUACCACUUGACCUUUUUGUUCCGUAAUGCUCAGGAUCUUUCCUGUCGUUUCCUGUAGAAUGAAUGUAUUACUGCUGUCUUACUGCUGCCAGAGGCCUUGCAGAGAAACUCUUACCACCAGGAGGGCAUGGGCAUGACCAUGUCAAUGCCUGACAGAAAAUUUGAAUUUUGAGCAGAUUUUGCCUUUUUUCGCCUGUGGGCUUAAACUUUUGAUCAAUCGUAAUACGAACUAUUCCAGUUUUUUUAAUUACAAUUUCUAAAUGUUUUUGUCUCUCUCCCCCUUCUUGCUUUUGCAUAUUGUAGCUCCCCUUAGAAACUCAUUCACGUCGUAAUGUGCAAAGUGCAUAUUUUAGCCAUUUUUCCAACUGAUUUUAAGAUUUUGAUUAGGUCUGUUUAUGUAGAUAAGUAAUGAUGAUUGGCUAAAGGUAGAUUUCAAAGGUAGAGCACCCCCCGUCUGCCUCAACUCGGGGAAUGGGGGGGGCGACAAACCUCACAUGCUGCAAACCGCUACACACGAGAACUCCAUGCAACAAUGAGUGGAACAAUGGCACUGAACGUGCCAGGGCUGCUGGCGAUGGUGGGAUUCUACAUGCUAAUCCUGGGAACGGGCAUCUAUGCAUCCUUGCGCUCCAGACGGGAGGAGAAAAAGUGGACAGGACAUGGAUUGGAGAUCACAUUACUAGCUGGACGCAAGAUCAACUUGAUCGUGGGCAUCUUCACUCUUACAGCCACGUGGGUAGGAGGAGGCUUUAUCCUUGGGAUCGCUGAAGCAACGUACAACCCCACAUUGGGAGCAGUGUGGGCACUCAUGCCUGUGCCGUAUGUCCUUACAUUUUUCCUAGGUGGCUUUUUCUUUGCAAAGCCCAUGAGAGAGAAAAAGUAUUUGACAAUGAUGGACCCUUUCCAAAAGAAGUAUGGCAACGGAGUGGCAACUGCUCUGAUCUUUCCAGCACUGAUUGCUGAUGUGCUGUGGGUGGCACGCACACUCGUCAGCCUGGGUGGAACUAUGAGGGUGAUUCUGGACCUUCCUUACGUCUACUCCAUCCUCAUCUCCUCUGUGGUGGCCAUUGUCUACACGCUCCUGGGGGGGCUGUACUCUGUGGCUUACACAGAUGUCAUUCAGCUCAGCCUCAUCCUUGUCAGUCUGUGGGUGUGUGUCCCUUUCAUGGUGACCAACCCCCAUUCUGUCGACAUCUCACUGACGGCCUACGCCCAAAAAUACCAGGCCCCUUGGAUUGGCAAUGUGGAGCUUAAUGAAGCAGGAAAGUGGUUUGAUGACUUCAUGUUGUUGGCUCUGGGUGGUUUGGCCUACCAAGCGUUCUACCAAAGGAUCCUGGCCUCCUCUUCUUACACCCAGGCUCAACUGACCUGCUUUGUCUCCUCUUCCUUUUGCCUGGUGCUGGGUAUCCCGUCUAUACUGAUCGGAGCCGUUGCUGCGUCUACAAACUGGAACUCAACAGCCUAUGGACUGCCAACACCAUAUGAGCGUGGCGAGGCAGGCUCCGUCCUCCCCAUUGCCCUGCAGUACCUCACACCCACCUAUGUGUCCAUCAUUGGCAUUGGAGCUGUCGCUGCUGCUGUCAUGUCCUCCAUGGACUCGGCCCUGCUGUCCUCUGCCUCACUGUUCUCCUCCAACAUCUACAAGAACAUGAUCAGAAAGCAGGCAUCAGACUAUGAGAUGCGCUUGGUGAUUCGCAUCUCAGUGGUAGUUGUGGGUCUGGUCGGUACUGGCCUCUGUUUCCUGGACAGCAGUGUCCUGGUCUUCUGGCUUGUGGGUGUGGACAUGUCCUUCACCAUCAUGUUCCCUCAGCUAGUUUGCGUCCUCUUCUUCGAGGUGUCCAAUAGCUACGGGGCCACUAUGGGCUUAAUAGUGGGAGUCCUCAUGAGGGCCCUGAGCGGAGAGCCCCUCAUUGGCCUGAAACCUGUCAUCCCCUAUCCCGGCCUCCGCUUGAACCGUGAGAACACGCUCACUCAGUACUUCCCCUUCCGCACUACCAUCAUGCUCAUGUCGCUGCUGUCCAUCCUGCUAUUCUCCUGGUUGGCGGUGAUGAUUUUCGACAAAAAGCUGUUGUCUAAGAAGUGGGAUGUGUAUCACAUCAACUCCGGGCGGGAAAGCCCUGAAGACAACAGGGCAAGAGAAAAUGCCGUCGUCUCCAAGCGGCUAAUGGAAACCAGUUGCUGAGGGGCCUCGCAUGGAGGCCCAUGAAAGAUGGCUCAUGAAAAGAGGCAGACACGAUAGAACCAUCGUCAGACAUGAGACAUGAGACUAGAAUCUGUAUAGAAUCAGUGAAUGUGUGUCGCAUACCGUACAGAUCAACAUGUCCUCUGAACACCUUAGUUGACUUCCAUAAAGAAAUCGGUAAAAAUCAUUAACUCCGUUUGUGAUCAUGGAGACGCGUUGCGUAUUAAUACCAAUGCUUAGUUAUUUUCUUUUGAACUGUUUUCUCUAUUUGUCUUAUUGGAAAUUGUAUUGAUUGAGUCAUUAAGUUGUCAGUAAAGUGUGUCUAAAUAAAAUGUAUUAUGUGACUGAAUAAAAACAUUCAGUAAUUAUGAUGAGCCUUAACAUAAUUGAUAUCACACAUCUCUCAAGUGGAUGGACGGAGCCACCAUUGAAAUUGCUUUCUAUUUGGACAUUGCAUGAGAUAAGUUGAUUUAAUGAAUAGUAUGGGUGUCAUGCUGUUUUUGCUGUAUGUUUUCAAUGAGUUCAUUACUGUGUUCUACGUGUACUCGUGGAUACUUGUGGAACAUGUACUGUAUGGUGGAAUGUUUUGCAAAGUACAACACUGAUAGUUGCAUUUAAUGUAUAUUUUCGUCUUUUCUUGAAAUAAAUGUACAGCAACUGGAACUGGCUUCAUUGGACAACACGCGUCAGCGUCAGACUCCAAAUUAGAAAGAUUACUACUCCACUCCAAGAUUGAAAAGAAUCGAGAGGCGAGAUGUUAACGGUAAACCGUGCCUUUGGGACGACACAGACCAACGUUUACUAGUGGAAGAGUAUGAUGAGCUAAGAGCUAAGAGAACCUAAAAUGGAAGGAAGUGAACAACUAACAGUUACUGAUUGUAAAAGUACCAGAUGGAGGGGUAGGAUUUAAUAAGCUUUGCUUCUUCCUACUCCUUUUGGACAUGUGGAACAGUGAACUGAUUAUGUGAUGCACUCAAUUGUAAUCUGAUGCAUGUUCAAAUGAAAUAAAACCAUUACCAUUACCAAAAUGACUGAAAGGGCUGUUGAUAGGGGUCAUGAGACAUCCA